CGAGCAGCUCCGUGAGGAGGUAGCAGCUUCCCUGGGUGCCUGUAGCUUUGUCUCCGUGAGUGGGUACAGAGAUGGCGGAGGAGCAGGACCAGAAGGCCCACUCCCAAGCUGAUAAAAGACUGCCGAGUGUGCGGGAACAGCGCCAGGUGGGUCGCAGGCCGCAGCAAGCUGUGCUGCCAGGCAGACAGAGUCAGGAUUUGUCUGUUCGUGGGAACCAUCUUCCACAGGUGCCCCACCCGGUGAGAGCACAAGCCUCUGGGAGCCGCCGUGCACAGGCGGACAGACCACAAGGGAGACAGUCUCUGCCAGCCUUGCCACCUCUCCCACGGCGGGUGGUGUCACUGCCAGCUGCGCCCCAGAACGCAGCCACUGCUCGGGGACGAGUUCCCACAUUCUAUUCACUGCCAGCAAUAGCCUCCAGGAGUUUUCCAAGAGGCAGAGCUGCCAGUGCUGUUGGAGCUACCAGCAGCAGAGUGGCUGCCCCUGGUCUUCAGGGCAACCCUCAGCACCAGGACAUGGCAGUGAGGGCCGAGGGCUGGCAGGCAGAUCUGUGUGGCCCUGCACUCCCACUCAAGCCUGCAGAGAGGACACCCAAGUCCCUCAGGUUGGCAUACUGGGUGCGUCUGGGAGCCACACGACCAGGAGCCUGCCUGAAGCAAGCACGGCCUGGGCGACGUGCACCCACCAGCACUGUGAGACCACCAGCAGGAACAACCCAGGUGCUGGCCCCCAAGGCUGGGAAAGGCCCUGAGGAUGAGACGCGACAUGCUGCCAGUGCUCAGGAGGACAGCGGAGAUGCUCACAGGGUCUCUACAUCACGCUCCCUGGCAGCAGAGCAGGCAGCAGAGAAGGAAGCAGAGCAGGCAGCAGAGCUGGCAGCAGACAAUGGUGCCAAAGGUGCUGGCACUUCUCAGGCCAUGCUGGAUGCCAAGAGCAGCAAAGAGAGGGCCCACUCAGCCAUGAGUGGGGGCAGCUUCCUGCCCUGCUGUCUUUGCUGUUCCACCUGCAGUGCUGUUCUGACAGAUCAGCAGGAAGAAAAGAAAGACAUCACUGAGAGAGACACUGUGGCAGUGGCAGGCAAGGAGCCUGUGAGCACAUCAUUGCCUGGGGCAGAGUCCCUGGCUCCAGUGUCUCCAGUGCCUGGAAAACUUCAGCACGAGAUGAGCAAGGCACAGGUGAACAAGCUAGAGAUCAGGGACACAUUCACCCACAGCAGCAUCUCAGGGGAGGAGAGACAGCCUUUGCCAACUUGUGGACCAUCCCUGUGUAUCCCUGCACCCCCUCUCAAGCCUGCACACGCCACACGCAAAUUCUACAACUUGGCAUACAAAAGGCAUCCCUUAGCCAGCAGACCAGGAACCUACCAGAAACCAGCAGGUCUAAGGCAGCGUGCACCCACCAGCACUGAGGAAACAUCAGCACAAGCAACGCAGUUGCUGGCCCCCCAGGUUGGGAGCAGCCUCACACGUCAGACACCACCUGCUCCCAGUGCUCAGGAGGACACCGGAGAUGCUGUCAAGGACCCUUCAUCACAUUCCCUGGUGUCAGAGUGGGCAGCAGAACAUGGUGCAAGAGCUGCUGGCACUCCUCAGGACAUGCUGGAUGACAAGGAUGAUGAAGAAAGGGCAUGGUCUGACAAGAGAGAGAACACGUCCUACUGUCUUUGCUGCUCUACCUGCAAUAAUCUGAUGGAUGAGGAUGAGUAGGAGAUGUCAGCCCUGUGGCAGAGGCUGCUAGAGGCCCGGUGAGCACACCAUCUGGGGAGGCGCAGUCCUGGCCUCCAGCUUCUGCCAUGUCUGCAGGUGCCAGGCAUGAGGGGCACUUUGUCCUUAGCUCCUCCUUGUCACCAGAGGAUGCUCUGUCUUUGGACACUGAACGCCAAGAAUGAAACACCCUGGUCACUCUGAUGCUGGAGGCAACAAGCUUCAUGGCCUCCUCUGCUCUCUGUUCUUGAGCUUACAUUCACUCAAGCCUCUGUCCUCCAGCUUCUAUCAGCUCAAGUCACUUGAGAGGCCUUUCUCAUGAUGUAGAAAAGCAGUUCUCGUGAUUCAAUACCCAUGCAGAUUUCCUGUUCUCCACAGCUGUUUAUCAUGUCAGGUACAACUUCUGCCAAGCAGCUCUUCCUUCUUCAUCACUGCAUCAUUUCAUCACCUUUACGUUUAGCGAGAUAAGAAGAAAGGGAUCUGUGCCUGAGGAGAAGCUUGGCUUUUCUGUUUGUGUACAAAUUGCUUCUCACCUAGCAUUUAGAAGACCAUUCAGUACAGGGAUUCCUAAUUUGGCUAAAUCUGGCUUUUUAAUCUGGAACUGAAAAAGCAGUACGUAUUCUCUACAGCAGAGAUAAUAUACUUUGCUUUCUCUGUUUUGAUUUCGGUUUCCAAAAGUACAAUAAAAGUAUUUAGUUUCAUUUUA